AACGACCAAACAAAGAUGGCAGCUCCAUCGGCCAUGUUUCGGUCUGUGCUUUUACACAUUUUCUGGAUAUUAUCCGAUGCGGCCGCUACUGAAAAUACUACGAGCUACGGGUUUAAUACAACUGUAUUUGCUGAUCAGAAUGACAUGUAUAAUUUUACGGAUAAUUACACAACCACGGAGAACACACCAUUUGGGUCCACCACCCCCACACCGAGCUCCGGCACCGCGGAGCCGCCAGUUCUGAGCCUACCCGUCGAACCGCUGCCCGUCUCCGGACGCCUGCUGCCUUCAGUCACCGACGUUGUGAUCUUGUGUCCCUGUAAUGACCACCAGGAUGUGUGUGAUGCCAACUGUUGCUGUGACAGACAGUGUAGUGAAGAGGUGGCUCUGUUCACGGGCUGCUCUGUCCACAGUGUCAGUGGCAGUGGGCAGCUGUGCAGCCGUGAUGUGGCGUCUUAUGCUUUAAGGAGUAAAGUUGAUGGCUACUCAGAGCUGCAGUCAUCUGUCCAGAAAGAGACCAAAUAUGAUGCCUUCUGCAUUCAAUCCCAGAACCGUGUUGAUGGACUAGCUCAUCCUUCACCUGCUCUCCCAACUGACACAAACUUUGAGUGGCUCUUUCAACAAUUUAGCAGCUUUGUUUUAGGGUCAGAGAAGGAUGAUGCUCAGGUUCCUGCUGCACAACCCCAGGCUUCGUCUGGGUAUCAGUAUGGAGAUGUUCUAGAGAGGAUAUCAGACAGCGGACAGAGGGAGAUCUUCUCUCUGCCGGCUUCUGCUGUGACUGCUGAGUGUGUGGAUAACAAUGCUGCAGCAUUCCUGAUGGAGCAGAGCAGUCGGUGUUUCCGUAGUGUGGACCUGCAGCAGGACUGCAGGCGUCUGCCACCCCUCAGCGUGGACGCCUACACUAACAUCCAGCUGCUGGCCGGGAAGAACAAAGAUGCAGUGGUCGUCCCUGUGGAGGUGGGAUCUAUUGUGUUGCAGUCACUAGAUGGGACUAAGAUUGAGCUGGAGCUCAGUGGUGGAGAGGACCUCCGCCCGGUUCUUGUGAGCCCCAGUGUGUGUGCUAAUGUGGUGCUGAAGGUUGUUUAUGCAAUCACACACAACCCAGCUGGAGAGAUACUGAGUGCCAUGCUGUCUCUGGUCCUUGGAUUUGUCCAAGAAGCUCUUCUGCCUCUGGAACAGACAUUUCACGUCAUGUUUGUCCAGGAGGUGGUGCCACAGCUAGCGGUCCGUUCCAGUGGAAAUCCAGGAUAUGUGGUGGGACUGCCCCUUGUAUCUGGACAAAGAACAGCAGAUGGGAUUGUUAGAAGCAUUGACCCCAGGAAUACACUGUCCCUCCUCUACAGUGGAGAGCAACAAGACUGUCUUCAGGGUUCAUAUCUGCGCUCCCCUGUUCUGUUUGGGCUUGAUUCUGCAUCUGGCUGCACAUUAAGACUGGAGGAUACCUCCAACUGUUCCCUAAUCUCUCAGGUGCUUCUGGAUGUUCUGCGAGGCCAAAAUUAUCCCUAUUAUGUGGCUUCCUUCGGAAACUCCCCAUUAGAUAAUCCACUGAACUGGGUGGCUAUCAAGAGCAGCUUCAGCCCAGGGGAAACCCAGAGCUGCAGCAUUCCACUGUCACUUCAUUUAGAAAUUGAAUGGACUAAAUACGGAACCCAGGUGAACCCGCAAGCUCAGAUUGUGAGCGUCAGAGAGGUCAUCCAAACAAACAACAGCAUCUUGGUCCAGCUGAGCGGAGGGGCAGGCGUCCUGCCAAUCAGAAACUCUGUGGCAUUCAUCCCAGUGUCUGCCACUGCUCUUCCUGGAUACAGAGCCAUGCCCACCAUCAACGUCAAACUGCCCUUUGACUUCUUCUUCCCUUUUGAAUGACUCAAUUCCACAACUGCACAGAUUCAGUAUUUCACUCCCUAUUUAUGACCCCAAACAAUGUUUAUCUGUGUAAAUAAUGUAGAUGUGUGAAAACAUGUUUCAUAAAUGAAAAUAUUUCAUUUAUUCAAAAUUUCAAGUAAAACUGAUUUUUCUAUACAACA